AUGUCUUCAACCUCGAUUACUGUGUUCCGCGGCUUUGAAGCCAGCGGGUACUAUACCUGGUCACCUUUCGUUACCAAGCUUGAAGCUCGUCUGCGGUUCGCCAAAGUGCCCUACACUGUUGACAGCGGCUCUCCUAUGAAAGCACCACGUGGGAAGAUACCCUAUGUGCAACUCGUGGCCCCUGAUCAACCUGUACAAUUAAUUGGCGAUUCUGAACUGAUCAUUAAGCAGCUUGUUGACGAAGGUGUGCUGGAGGAUUGCAACGCCAAAAUGAGUCGUUUAGAUCAGGUGCAUGACUAUUCUGUUCGAGCAUUACUGGAAGAUAAGCUGUAUUUCUACCAGGUAUACGAGAAAUGGAUCGAGAACUACUACGCUAUGCGUCCUGUUGUACUUGCGGCCUUGCCUUAUCCUGUUCAGCUUGUUGUGGGGCUUUUGAUAUAUCGUAGCAACAAGCAGACUCUUCAAGGCCAAGGCACUCUCCGCUUCACGUCACGAGAGAUUGCAGAUUUCCGCCAGCAGAUCUGGCAACACAUCAGUACUCUCCUGACAGCGGCAAGGACGAACGCGAAAGUCAGUGACGAUGCCGUAUUCUGGCUGUUCGGAAAGCAGGAACCCUCGGAGGCUGAUGCAGUCCUGUAUGGUUUCAUCGUUGGCGCCUUGGUUUGCUCGGCAGCACCUGACUCUCAGGCUAUUGUACGCAGUUUCCCAAUGAUUGUGGAGUACGCAACACGCAUUCAUGAAGAGUUCUUUCCCGACUAUGCGAUUUGGGAACGAUAG